UUUCCUCGCAAGUCUUUUUUCCUUCUUGUUUAUAUCCGUACUUCGUAUACCUUGAGUGAUCUUCCCUCUCACCUACCCGUUGACGAAGUCCGAUCUGGGGCGGGUUUACUUUUCAUCUCGUGGGAAAUCGGCUCGUCCGCUCGUUCGUCAGUUAUGUGGCUCCUCCGGCUCGCCGCGCUCCUCUGUCUGAGCGCUCUCGCUCUCGGCCAACUCCCCAACCCUGGCGAACCGGCGCUUAAGUACUCGGAUGGCGCGUUCAUAGAACCGAAGGGGUCUCAGAGCUCGUACCCGAUGGGCGCGACGAUGAACGUCAGUUGGACGACGACGUACGAAACCUCGAAUCUCUGGUUGAUCGUCGCUUGGGAAUUCAACCAGCCUGUCUUGCUCGCCUCCAACAUAGGCCAGACAUGGUAUGCGUGGGAGGUGUCGACCGACUCGACCAACGCUACGCAAAUCUACUCGUUCCGCGUGGUCGAUGCCCAGGGCACGGAGGCACAACAGAAAGGCGGUGGUUUCUUGAGCGCGUCCUUUUUCAUCAGCGGCUUGCGGGCUACAUCGUCGUCGACAACUUCGACGAGUACCUCUUCAGCGUCGUCGUCUACUUUCACUACAUCAAUAACCAGCACAUCCUCAGCUGGGGCCUUUGACGCUACCCUACCUACUACGAGCGUAGAAGUGACCCCGUCUGGCUUAACGGACAGUGCGAAGAUCGGGGUUGGCGUCGGAGUAGGCGUUGGAGGUGUCGGCCUCAUUGCUCUCAUCCUAGGCGUCAUAUUUUUCCGCCGAUCGAGAAAUAAGAAAACCCGAGAGGCUGACAGCAUGGAGCCGUACUCGCAGCCGUACUCGCAGCCGGGGCAGAGCUUCGCGUCGACGCCGCAGACCUACGUCGGCUCACCCGUGCCUGGACCGUACCCAGAGUAUUACAAGCCGGCCGAGAUGGAAGCGGCAAACAGAGGUGCCGAGCUGGAUGCAGGGCAGGGGCACGGAUUUCGACCAGAAAUUGCGACAAGCAAUACGCAGAGAUCACAGGCGGCGGAACUUCAGGGGUGAAGGAUGCGGGCGGUUGCGAAUUGGACUUGAGUGUUUAUGAGAUACCCAUGAUUGAGAAGUAGGACGCGCCCAUGUUGAUAGGUAAUACAUUGCCACGGCCACGCUCGAAAGAUGACAUAACGCCCUCAUGUCACGGCGGCGCGUACCAUCGUUGCAUCUCGGCUCGAACACAAUGCCCCCAGAAGACAACAUGUUUGUUACGAUGUAUUGGAUAUGUUCAGUUGGAAGCAGAGCGACACAUCGUCGAGCCUAGCUUCUGACUGGAGGGCAGAGCUGAUGGAAGAGCACGGACAAAGAACUUGUAU